CCGCCGUCCCCGCGUUUUGCGGCUUGAUGCCGGAAACGCUCGGUGAGCGGCGCGGAGCCCCGCCCCCCGCUGACAAGCAGGCGGCCGGCCCAAUCGGAGCGGGGCGGCCGUACGGUGGCCGGCAGAGCGGAGGGAAGAUGGCGGUGCUGGCGCCGCUGCUGGCGCUGCUGUACUCGGUGCCGGAGCUGUGCCGCUGGCUGGCGCGGCCCUACUACCCGCUCUCGGCGCUGCUCGCCACCGCCUUCCUGCUCGUCCGCAAGCUGCCGCCGCUCUGCCGCGGGCUGCCCUCGCAGCGGGAGGACGGCAACCCCUGCGACUUUGACUGGCGGGAGGUGGAGAUCCUCAUGUUCCUCAGCGCCAUCGUCAUGAUGAAGAACCGCCGCUCCAUCACCGUGGAGCAGCACGUCGGGAACAUCUUCAUGUUCAGCAAGGUGGCCAACGUCAUCCUCUUCUUCCGGCUCGACAUCCGCAUGGGCCUGCUCUACCUCACGCUCUGCAUAGUGUUCCUGAUGACCUGCAAGCCGCCUCUCUACAUGGGCCCCGAGUACAUCAAGUAUUUCAGCGACAAGACCAUCGAUGAGGAGCUGGAGCGGGACAAGCGGGUGACCUGGAUCGUCGAGUUCUUCGCCAACUGGUCCAGCGAGUGCCAGUCGUUCGCCCCCAUCUUCGCCGACCUCUCCCUCAAGUACAACUGCUCGGGGCUGCACUUCGGCAAGGUGGACGUGGGCCGAUACACGGACGUCAGCACCAGGUACAAGGUCAGCACCUCGCCCCUCACCAAGCAGCUGCCCACCCUCAUCCUCUUCCAGGGCGGGGUGGAGACCAUGCGGCGCCCGCAGAUCGACAAGAAGGGCCGCGCCGUGUCCUGGACCUUCUCGGAGGAGAACGUGAUCAGGGAGUUCAGCCUCAACGAGCUCUACCAGCGGGCCAAGAAGCAGGGCCGGCCGCGCGGCGAGGGGCCCGAGGAGGCGCCCGAGGCGCCCGCCGCCAACGGGGACACCAAGAAGGACAAGUAGAAGCCGCCCCCACACCAUCGCCAUCCCCCCGUGCCGGAGGAGGGGGGCGCCGCGGCCGCCGGGGCCCGGUACAAGCAGCCCCGGGAGCUGCUCCCCGGCGGUGGCGGAGGGGGGAGGAGCCCGGGCCCGGGCCAGAGCUGCCCGCGCCGUUGCCGCUCGCGGCUGUCAAUAAAGGGCCGCAGCGCC